AUGUGGGGAAUUUGCGACGCAAACGGAUAUGUUUAUGAUUUUGACGUCUACUGUGGCAAAAAUUCGGAUAAAGGAUUGAAAUUAGGCAAAAUUGCAAUGGGAAGUCGCGUUGUUAUUCAGAUGCUCAACCAGCUUCUCACACAUACGUCUCCUCGCAAGCUUUGUUUGUAUCAUUUAUAUUUUGACAACUUAUUUUGCUGUCCCGAUCUCAUGGUACAUCUAAAAAACUUAGGUUUGCGAGCGACUGGAGUAGUCCGCUCUGAUCGAAUACGAGAAAAAAAUUCCAUUGAUAAAGAUGCACCCAAAGGAACCCAUGCGGCUAAGCAUGAUAAAAAUAGUGGCCUCAACUUCAUUACUGCGCGCGAUUCCAAAGACGUAUCUAUUUUAUCAACAGCAGCUGGUGUUUCUCCACAAAUGCCCAUGAAACGUUAG